AUGAGGAACCUCGAUGUUUUGGGUAGAGAGACAGCGCACUUUCCACUUUUCGAGCCUGGGACCCUGAGAAGUUCCUGCCGAACCAGGAGCCAAGUCACAUCGGACAUCGCAUCUCAGUCCUUAGGGCCCCCGGGGGGACAGACACUCAGACACGCAGAGCUGGGCAAAGGCCGUACGGGAGUCUGUCCAACCCCGAGAUCCACAUUCCGAGAGAUCCAGCCAGGUACCCCGCAUCUGGCUUUUCCCGUCCGGUCCUUCCCUCCGCCGGCCACCAGCGUGGGAGUUCAAGGUCCCCAUCCCGAGCGGCGAUCCUUUCGGGUCCUCGCAGCCAGACAAGGAGCACGGAGGUGCAGGAGGUGGCCCGGGACGCGGGGGUUCUGGCACCGCUCUUGGUCCUCGCCUCCGCGCUCCAGCUCCCCGGAUUCCUCUUUCCCCCUCGCCCCCCGCUCUUUAAACGACAACCCGGCCGCGGCCAUCGAACUACAUUUCCCACAAUGCCGCGCGCCGGCCGGUCUCUCUCCAGGCCCCCUCCCCGGGGGCAUCCUGCGAGCUGCCGGUAGAAUUACUGACCAUCAAACCCGCAUAUUCGGGGGAAGAACGGAGUUGUCAUCGGCCUCCCCAACAAGAUACGUCUCGCGAUUUACGCGCGACUCCCACUCUUUGGCGAGGAAUCCAAAUGGAAGCUCAGCGGAGGGAAAUCCGUUCAGCUUCUGCUCUGGCCACCCCCUCCGCCGCGGUCCGUCCGGGCGCGGGGGCCUGCGAGUGUCAUUGGCGGAUGACCGCAGCCCCGGCCGCGACCAUGGUGGAGAGAGACGUGGGAAGCAGCCCCAUCGGGGUUUGAAGUCUGACUCGUCCCAUCACACGCGUGUGACAACGCCCCGGGCCCUUUUCUUCAUCUGUUUCUCAACUCACAUGAAGACCCUAGCGUGUUUCAAGGCAUCUGGGUUUUGCUGGUCUGAGGUUCUGAACGAUCCUGUCCUCAGUAUGUCAUGUUUUCUUUGCUUCUCAGUGCCUCAGAAUGGAAUUCGGCAUUGUUCGUAUACCGCUUCCCGGAAACAUCUAUAUGUUGGUAAAAACACGAAGGUUAUUUGCCAGGGUUUCACUGGUAAGCAGGGCACCUUUCAUAGCCAGCAGGCCUUGGAAUACGGCACUCAGCUCGUUGGAGGAACCACUCCAGGGAAAGGAGGCAAGAUGCACCUGGGCUUACCAGUCUUUAAUACUGUGAAGGAGGCCAAAGAACAGACAGGAGCAACAGCUUCUGUCAUUUAUGUUCCUCCGCCAUUUGCUGCUGCCGCUAUUGACGAAGCCGUUGAGGCAGAAAUGCCCUUGGUUGUGUGCAUUACCGAAGGCAUCCCACAGCAGGACAUGGUCCGGGUCAAGCACAGACUGCUGCGCCAGGGAAAGACAAGGCUCAUUGGGCCAAACUGCCCUGGAGUCAUCAAUCCAGGAGAAUGCAAAAUUGGCAUCAUGCCUGGUCAUAUUCAUAAAAAAGGAAGAAUUGGCAUUGUGUCCAGAUCUGGCACCCUGACUUAUGAAGCAGUUCACCAAACAACACAAGUUGGAUUGGGGCAGUCUUUGUGCGUUGGCAUUGGAGGUGAUCCUUUUAAUGGAACAGAUUUUAUUGACUGCCUUGAAAUCUUUCUGAAGGAUUCAGCUACAGAAGGUAUCAUAUUGAUUGGUGAAAUUGGUGGUAAUGCAGAAGAAAACGCUGCAGAAUUUUUGAAGCAACAUAACUCAGGUCCAAAUGCCAAGCCUGUAGUGUCCUUCAUUGCUGGCUUAACCGCUCCUCCCGGCAGGAGAAUGGGCCAUGCAGGGGCGAUUAUUGCCGGAGGAAAAGGUGGAGCUAAAGAGAAGAUCUCCGCCCUCCAGAGUGCGGGAGUUGUGGUCAGCAUGUCUCCUGCACAGCUGGGAACCACCAUCUACAAGGAGUUUGAAAAGAGGAAAAUGCUAUGAAAGAAGAAGCAAAGUUUCUUGAAACUGUGGAUUGAAUCAUGGGAGACAUGGGGCCCAGCAGCUUCUGUGGCCCCCUGAUGGUCAGGCUGUGUGCCCGAUUUUGGCCUUCCUUGCCACAGAAAGCCCACGCGAAGUGAAGGAUGGAUGUCCUGAAUUGAGAUCUUUUCACCUGAUUGUAUAACAAAGACAACCAAUAAAUCUACCAUUUAAUUUGA